GGAUGAGGCGGGGCUUGGGCGGUUGUCUCUGGCGGCCGCAUUUCCUGGUGGCGAGGGCGCCAUGGCGCUGUCCUGGCUGCAGCGCGCCGAGCUCGCGCUGUUCGCUGCCGCCUUCCUGUGCGGGGCCGUGGCGGCCGCGGCGCUGACGCGGACCCAGGGUUCCUUCAGUGGCAGCUGUCCCUUGUAUGGUGUGGUCUCCCUGAAUCGCUCCUCCCUGGCCUUAUCCCGACCCUCAGCUCCUUCCCUCUGCUACUUUGUGGCUGGGGCCUCUGGCCUCCUGGCUCUCUACUGUCUCCUGCUUCUGCUCUUCUGGGUCUACAGCAGCUGCAUCGAGGACUCCCACAGAGGCCGGAUAGGGCUUCGUGUUGCACUGGCCAUCUCAGCGAUAGCCAUCUUCCUGGUCUUAGUGUCUGCCUGUGUCCUCCGAUUUGGCACCAGCUCUCUCUGCAAGUCCAUCACCUCCCUGAACGCUACAAUUAGCUGCUCUGAAGCCCAGAAAAUUCCAUGGACACCCCCUGGAACCGCUCUGCAGUUCUACUCCAACCUGCACAAUGCUGAAAACUCUUCUUGGGUCAAUCUGGUAUUGUGGUGUAUGGUCUUGGUGCUCCAGGUCGUGCAGUGGAAGUCUGAAGCCUCCCCAUACCCGCCUCUGGAGAGUGGGGACUCUGAGUGGAGCUCUGAAACAGAUGCUCUCUUUGGGCCACGCCUUUCCCAUUCCUGAAGAGUAACCAGAGUGCUUCCUGCAGCCAUAGACUCCGUGCCCAAGUGCCUGCAAUCCUCUUACCCCACUUGGCCCUGUUUAUGCUGGGAGCCUCAGUUUUUCCUCCAUAAGGGAACUAUGACGACAGGUCCCCUCCACCUCUUUUCCUACAGCUGUUUUUGUACCAAAAUAUAUUCCUUUCUUCCUUCA